CCAGCCCCUGGGCCUUAGUUUGCCUAUCCAUGGACUAAAUGGCCCUUCCAAUUCUACAGUUCUAUGAUCUGGCUGUUUAAUUUAUCGUUUUACUUCUUCCAGAGAGCUCAAGGUGGUGGACAUGGUCCUCUUCCUCACAGCAACUUUGCAAAAUAGGUGGUGGGACUGGAUUUGUUGGCAGAGCCUUAACCCAAUUGCUGAGGAGCCGAGGCAUGAUGUCACCCUGAUUUCCCGCCAUCCCGGAAAAGGACGGAUUACCUGGGAUGAAGUUUCCCGCUUGGGGCUCCCUCCUUGUGAAGGUGUGGUCAACCUAGCUGGAGAAAAUGUCCUUAACCCCCUCCGGAGGUGGAAUGAGUCCUUCCGCCAGGAAGUGGUUGCCAGUCGGAUAGAGACCACAAAUACUUUGGCGAAAGCCAUUGCAGGAGCUGAGCGCCCACCUUCUGCCUGGAUCCUUGUCACCGGCGUAGGGUACUACAGACCCAGCCACACCACUGAAUACACAGAAGAGAGUCCUGGUGGAGACUUUGAUUUCUUUUCUCGCCUGGUGACCCGCUGGGAGGCAGCAGCUAAAAUCCCCGGUGACGCCACACGCCAGGUGGUAGUGAGAUCUGGUGUGGUGCUGGGCAGAGAGGGCGGGGCUGUUGCCCAGAUGUUGUGGCCCUUUCGCCUCGGCCUAGGAGGCCCCAUCGCUUCUGGCCUCCAGCCUUUCCCCUGGAUCCAUGUGGCUGAUUUGGCAGGCAUCCUGGCCCAUGCGCUGGAGCGGGAGGGCGUCCGGGGGAUCCUGAAUGGCGUCGCACCAUCCGCCGUUACCACCACCAAUGGGGACUUUGCCCGGGCUAUGGGGUCAACGCUCCAGCGGCCUGCCUUUUUGCCUCUGCCAGGCUUUGCUGUGUCAGCCAUCUUUGGCCCCAAGCGGAGUGUCAUGCUGCUUGAAGGACAGCGCGUGGUACCCAAACAGACUCUGGAGAGCAACUACCGCUUUGCGUUCCCUGAUCUUCCCUCUGCCCUCCAGAAUAUUUUAACCUGACCCAGGAAAAAGUGUGCCUAGUAGUAGUAAUUCCUUGGUAGAUAAAAUCUGCUGGUUUCCUCCCACCUCGCUGCUUUAUUAAGUUUCAGUUCUGUUCGUUUUUGCUGAGGACACACACAGGAAAAAAAGAAGCACGUGGGCCUCUUAAAUAUUUAUUGUUGCAGACGCUUUUGUUAAGUCGUUAAGGGUCCCCCCAGAUUUGUGCAGUGUAAAUAGCCGUUCAAAGUCUUUUAAGUGCCUGUCUCCUUUGGCAAGAGGGGGUUCAAAUGACAGAAGGCACAGCCACUUACUCAGGGGUGUGUGUGUGUGUGAACUCACACGAACAUAAAAUUUGGUUUCUUUUGUAAGAAUAAAAACUGCUGAUAGUUGAAAUAGCAUUGUGGAAAGAGGAUUUGUUCGCACUGUUGUUUGUUCUUGGGUGGAAAGUCUGUCACACUUUCUGCCCAAUGUUGAGUCAGACGGUUGGUCCAUCUAGUUCUGUUUACACUGACUGGAAACAGCCCCUCCAGGAUUUCAGAAAUAGUGUGUUUCCUAACCUUACCUGGAGUGGCCAGGUAUUGAA